AUGCUUAAGCAACUUCAUCUUACUCUUCCUUUCACGGAUGUGGUAGAACAAAUGCCAAACUAUGCUAAGUUCCUUAAAGAAAUUUUGAGUGGAAAGAGGACAUGUGAUAUGGCGGAAACGAUUACCCUAACUGAGAAUUGUAGUGUGUUCAUAAUGAAUAAGAUGUCACCUAAGUUGAAGGAUCCCGAAAAUUUCUCUAUCCCUUAUGCUAUUAAUAAGAUUCAAAUUGAUAAUGCCUUAUGUGACUUAGGAGCUAGUGUUAGACUUAUGCCAUAUUCGGUCUAUCAAAGACUAGAGAUAGGAGAGCUUUUACCUUCCAAGAUUACAUUGCAAUUAGCCGAUAGGUCGAUCAAGAUCCCAAAGGGUAAGGUAGAAGAUGUUCCCUUGAGGGUGAGGAAAUUUUUCAUUCCGGUAGAUUUUGUAGUGUUGGAUAUGGAUGAAGAUGGUACUAUCCCUAUCAUCUUAGGUAGACUAUUCCUUGCUACAUCGGGGGCUAUGAUUGACGUCAAGAGUGCUAAGAUAUCUCUUAAGAUAGGAUAG